ACUAAUGCUCCUACAACAACUACUGCUGAUACUACGACAACUACUGCUGAUACUACGUCAACUACUGCUCCUACAACAACUACUGCUCCUACAACAACUACUGCUGAUACUACGUCAACUCCUGCUCCUACAACAACUACUGCUCCUACAACAACUACUGCUCCUACAACAACUACUGCUCCUACAACAACUACUGUUCCUACAACAACUACUACUCCGACAACAACUACUGCUGAUACUACGUCAACUACUGCUCCUACAACAACUACUGCUCCUACAACAACUACUGCUGAUACUACGUCAACUCCUGCUCCUACAACAACUACUGCUCCUACAACAACUACUGCUCCUACAACAACUACUGCUGAUACUACGUCAACUCCUGCUCCUACAACAACUACUGCUGAUACUACGACAACUACUGCUCCUACAACAACUACUGCUGAUACUACGUCAACUACUGCUCCUACAACAACUACUGUUCCUACAACAACUACUGCUGAUACUACGUCAACUCCUGCUCCUACAACAACUACUGCUCCUACAACAACUACUGCUCCUACAACAACUACUGCUGAUACUACGUCAACUCCUGCUCCUACAACAACUACUGCUCCUACAACAACUACUGCUCCUACAACAACUACUGCUCCUACAACAACUACUGCUCCUACAACAACUACUUCUGAUACUACGUCAACUCCUGCUCCUACAACAACUACUGCUCCUACAACAACUACUGCUGAUACUACGUCAACUCCUGCUCCUACAACA